AGAGCACAGCUUUUUCCCAAUCGAUGAUCUCAGCCGAAGUUUCCUCCGGCUGCCUCGUGAAGAUACAGGAGGAAAGUCUCCGAGAAUGACAAAACUCUUCUUUAAUUCAAACGGCCCGUCGACAGCUGCGGUGGGAAAACGCAGAUGGAGCUAGACGCCAUUCAAACCGCGACAAUGCGGUUGAAACAAAGAAGGCAGUGAUUUGCGGGCGUCCCGAGUUUUUUUUUUUUUUUUUUCUCCUCUCCCUCUCUGCGCUGCUCCCGCUCCGCUAAAGCUCAAGUCAAGGGCUGGGUCCCGUUACGGUCUGAAUCGGCGCUCCGCCAAGAUGUCUACGGAGGAGCAGGAUUAUCCCGAGGCGGUGCUGGUGACCGAAGCAGGGCCGCAGUGGCUCCGCGCCGAGCUGGAGCGUCUUACCCGCGAGCUGCGAGAGACCACGCACGAGAAGAUCCAGGCGGCGGAGUACGGGCUGGCCGUGCUGGAGGAGAAGCAGCAGCUCAAGCAGCGGUUCGACGAGCUGGAGACGGAACACGAGACGGUCCGCCAGGAGCUGGACCAGCUGAAGGAGGCCUUUGGGCAGGCUUACUCUACCCACAGGAAGGUGGCAGCAGAUGGGGAAAGCAGGGAGGAGUCGCUGAUUCUGGAGUCUGCCAGCAAAGAAGCGCUCUACCAGCAGAAGGUCCUGGAGCUGCAGAACGAGCUCCGACAGGCCAAAGCGUCUCUCUCAAGUGCUCAAGCUGAGAAUGAUCGCCUGUCGGCCAUUGCGCUCGAAAUGAGAGAGAAUUCGGAGGUGGCGGAGCUGCAGCGGGCUCAGCUCCGGGAUGACAUCAGGGAGUAUAAAGUGCGGGAGGCCCGGCUGCUGCAGGACAACACUGAGCUGGAGGAGGAGAACAUCUCCCUGCAGAAACAAGUGUCUGUGCUGCGACAGAACCAGGUGGAAUUCGAAGGCCUUAAGCAUGAGAUCCGUCGCCUGGAGGAGGACUCCCAGUGUGUCCAGAGCCAGCUGGAGGAGGCCAUGCGUCUGAGAGAAAUCGCUGAGCGACAGCUCACAGAAGCUUUAGAGACGAUUAAAACGGAACGUGAGCAGAAGGCCACGCUGCGUAAAGAGCUCUCCCACUACAUGACCAUCGGCGGGUCUGUGUACAGCAGCUCUUUUAACAUCUCCCUCGAUAACCCGAAACUCCACGAGGAUCCCUCCACCGUCCACGAACCUGACAACGACGACCUGAUCAGAGGCUUCGAGAAUGGCCUGAUGAAGAUGGGCGACAGCGACGACGACAACAGGACAUCGUUUGGCAAGAGAGGAGAGGCCUUCAAGCCAGCCCCUAGCUUGGUGGACGAUCUGCUGAGUGAGCUCAACAUCUCUGAGAUACAGAAGCUAAAACAACAGCUUUCUCAGGUUGAGCGGGAGAAGGUGGCCCUGAUGAACUCUCUGCAGGAGAGCCAGAAGCAGCUGGAGCAGGCCUACGGCACGGUGUCUGAGCAGAAGGAGACCGUCAACAGGCUGAGUGAAAACCUAAGCGCCAUGCGCAAACUCCAGGCCAGUAAGGAGCGGCAGUCUGCCCUCGACAGCGAGAAAGACCGGGACAGCCACGACGACGGAGACUAUUACGAGCUGGACAUCAACGGGCCAGAGAUUCUGCAGUGCAAGUACACCGUGGCGGUUUCUGAAGCCGGAGAACUGAGGCAGGAGCUGAAAACGCUGAGGGCGCAGUACGAGCAGUGUCGGACCAAGUAUGAAGACGAGCGAGCUCGGCUGGAGAGCGACGUCCAAGAUUUCAGGUCAAAGUUGUUCUCUUUGGAGAAGAUUAGCGAAACCGACAAAGCGACGAUGGCCCGUCUGGAGAAGGAGCUCCGCCUGGCCACGGAGGCGGCGGGGGAAUCCCUGGGAAGCCUUAAUAUUGCCCAGGAUGAGCUGAUAACUUUCAGCGAAGAGCUGGCCAAUCUCUACAACCACGUGUGCAUGUGCAACAACGAGACUCCCAACCGAGUCAUGCUUGACUACUACAAAGACGGCAAAGCCUUAGUGAGGAGGGGGCAGGAAGGGAAGGAGCAGCAGACUCUCCUGCUCACCACCGGGCUCAUCGGUGAGAACGAAAAUGGAAAGUCAGCAUCCGGCAGCGUCGUGGCGACCGCGCCCGCCGCUCCAGAGCACCGCCCCGAGCCCAUGAACAUCUAUAACCUGGUAGCCAUCAUCAGGGAUCAGAUCCGCCACCUGCAGCAGGCAGUGGACCGGACCACGGACCUGUCCCGUCAGAGGCUCGCCAACCUGGAGCUGAGCGCCGUGGCAGACAAGGACAAAGAGGCCUGCAUGGACGAGAUCCUCAAACUCAAGUCCCUUCUCAGCACCAAACGGGAACAAAUUGCUACUCUGAGAGCUGUGCUCAAGGCCAACAAACAGACUGCAGAAGUUGCCCUGGCCAACCUCAAGAGUAAAUACGACAGCGAGAAGGCCAUGGUGACUGAGACGAUGAUGAAGCUCCGCAACGAGCUCAAGGCGCUGAAGGAGGACGCGGCUACUUUCUCCUCUCUCCGAGCCAUGUUCGCCACAAGAUGCGAUGAGUACGUGACCCAGCUGGAUGACAUGCAGAGGCAGCUGGCUGCAGCCGAGGAUGAGAAGAAGACGCUGAACUCCCUGCUGCGGAUGGCCAUUCAGCAGAAGCUGGCUUUAACGCAGCGGCUGGAGGACCUGGAGUUCGACCACGAGCAGGCCCGUCGCAGCAGCGCCACAGCAGCAGGAGGCAAGGGUAAAACAAAGGGCAAGGGAGCCUCUUCCAGCCACCAUUAAACCUGUCAAGCCAAGUGACCUUAAAGUCCACGAGUGUGACUGUUAACGUUCACGUGUUCCUGGUUUCUUCUCUGUGACUAAGCUCCAGGUCAUAUCAAUACAAAGACAAAAACUCAACCAACAGUAUUCCCCAAGAACGUUGUACAAGAGUGCCAUAACACUUCACGCAGGAUUGCUUCGAGUUUUAUCACAGUGUGUUGGAGGGAAAUGACUCAACGCAUCUACGUCCCUUAGGAGGGUCAUCAGUCUUCCAAGGAAAUGCACCACUGAUCGCUGACCCAGAGGACGGACUGAGAUCGACGUCUCGCUGAUUAUCUGUUACCACGACUGAGCACUUUUUAUUACUUACUCCUCCUAACAAAUUCCUCCCCUAAAUUAUGCUUGUAUUAUUCUGUAUUUUUUAACUAUGUGUGCUCUCCUGCCUGCCUCUAAAUUAAAUUUUGAGCCCUCUGAAUAUAUUGUAACCUAAUUUAUUUUUUAGCAACAAAGUAGAAGAUUGUUAGUUGUUAAAAACGAAACUAAUUGUCUUAUUGGGUAAUAGUCAAACAAGAAAGGCAAAUGAGCUUCCACGGCACCGCUUCCUUUUGCCUUAGAUUCAGGUAGUUUAAAUGACGAAGCAACCAAUCCACUGACCGGGCAUACUUUAUCAGGAAAUAAUGUAACAUAUUGUUAUAACUCUAACUGCUUGAGUGGACGGUAGAUUUAGUCUUUUUUUUAUCAACUUGGCAGAAUUGUUGCAUAAAUUCAGCUUUGCCAAUUUUCUGCCAGCUCAUGAGUAAAAGCUCGUCCUGACUGAACGACAGUAUUUCAAUGCAAAUUUAUUUAAAGAUUUAUAAGUUAACAAAAACAUACGUAUUCAGAUUUUAUUCCUGAAGAGUUUUUUUUAAAAGUACUUUUUUUUAAUACAGCUUUUUGUAUUUAGCAUUUAGGUCAUGCAGUAACAAGUGCUGUGCCAAUUGUGUGUUUUGUUUGUUUAAGUGCAAUUUGCAAUCCUGGCUGAAAAAAAAGAUAUAUAGAAGAAAGGAAAUGUUUGUGGUUUGUGAAAGUAUUAAUUUUUUUUUUUUUACAUGUUUUAUUAUGACUGCGUUUGUAUUUAUUUGUGUCCUUUCAGACAACAGGAUUCACCAUUGUUGUGGUAAAUGAGGGAGUUUAAAUGUAUCUGCCUGGUUACAAAAUAAUGAGAACAGAACUCAUGUUUAUGAAAGAAAGUGCUAGUUUGUUGGCUUCUGUUACUACCUCCAGUUAUAGCUGGUGAAGAAAUAAAUCUAACUUUCACAGCUCU